AUGUCUAAAGUCAAGAAACCCAGCUCGGUGAAGAGCAGCGCCCGCGAGUUGGCCGAGAAGAUCAAGCGCAAUGCCUUGAAAGAAAGAGCCGAGAAGGAGCGGGCAGAAAAGGCGUCCAAAGCGUCUCCCGAGGUCGAGGAGGAGGAAGUGGUGGUAGACGUGGACGGCAAGGGCGAGAGCGAUGGCCAGCCAGUGACAUUCCGCACAUUCUCGGAGCUCAAGCUCAUCCCCGAGCUCAUGGAGGCCAUCGAGCACAUGAAGUACACCAAACCCACCCCCAUCCAGGCCCAGUCCAUCCCCCACGCGUUGAAGGGCAAGGAUAUCAUUGGUCUUGCCCAAACAGGGUCGGGAAAGACGGCUGCGUUCGCCAUUCCUAUCCUCCAGGCGUUGUGGUACUCACAAGCGCCCUAUUUCGGGUUGGUGUUGGCGCCAACUCGUGAGUUGGCUUACCAGAUCAAGGAGACGUUCGACGCGUUGGGCUCCGCCAUGGGCCUCCGUUCCGUGUGUGUGGUCGGAGGCAUGGACAUCAUGGACCAGGCACGCGACUUGAUGAGAAAGCCUCAUGUCGUGGUGGCCACGCCUGGGCGGAUCAUGGACCACUUGGAGCACACCAAGGGCUUCUCGUUGAAGAACUUGAAGUACUUGGUCAUGGACGAAGCCGACCGUUUGCUCGACAUGGACUUCGGGCCUGCGCUCGACAAGAUCUUGAAGAUCAUUCCUCGUGAAAGAGUCACCUACCUAUUUUCCGCCACCAUGACCAACAAGAUCGAAAAGUUGCAAAGAGCAUCCUUGAAAUCGCCAGUACGAAUUGCCGUUUCCACAAAGUACCAGACAGCAGACAACUUGAUCCAGUCGAUGAUGUUGGUGCUGGACGGGUACAAGAACACCUACUUGGUGCACUUGUUGAACGAGUAUGCUGGCAAGUCCAUCAUCAUCUUCACCCGGACGUGUGCCCACUCCCAGCGGACGUCGUUGUUGGCACGGAUUUUGGGGUUUGCAGCCGUGCCGUUGCACGGACAGUUGAGUCAGGCCCAGCGGUUGGGACUGUUGAACAAGUUCAAGGCUGGCUCCAGCAACAUCUUGGUGGCCACCGACGUGGCAGCCAGAGGGUUGGACAUUCCCAGCGUGGACGUGGUCAUCAAUUAUGACAUUCCCACCGACUCCAAGGCAUACAUCCACAGAGUGGGAAGAACCGCCAGAGCCGGCAGAUCGGGCAGGUCCAUCAGUUUGAUCACCCAGUACGACUUGGAAAUGUACUUGCGGAUCGAAAGCGUGUUGGGCAAGAAGUUGCCCAAGGAUCCGUCCCCCGACAAGGCGGUGUUGGAGGCGUUGCACGUCCAUGUAGACCGUGCCAGUGCCGAGGCCAUCAGACAGACCAAGGAUUUCCACGAUAAGAGAGGCAAGAGACGGGGCGACGACAGGGAAGAGAAGUAG